AUGGCAACAAUUGAAUCACCGACACCGAGCACCAAUAAAACGUUGGAAUGCUGCGAUGAGCAAUGGCCAAACAAUAAGGAUGAAUAUGAUUUGGAAGAACUUAUCGGACUUGGCUCCGCCGCUGUUGUUUACAAGGCUUGUUUUAUGUUUUGCACAUAA